GUGUGUGUGUGUGCGUGUGUGUAUGUGUGUGUGUGUGUUUGUGUGUGUGUGUGUGUGAAUGUUUAAAUUUCUGGUUUGAUAAAGAGCUUUUCACUCUGUUAAUCUGUUGUUUUGUCUUGUUUAUCAUAUCUGGUCAAACUCUCCUCUUUUAAGAUCUAAGUGAUUUGAUAAAUAAGUGAGAACCCUGGCAAUGACGGUGAAGUGAUUUACCGAUGUGGUGAAGUGGGGUCUGGAGACAAGAAUUACCAGAUGGUUGUUUUUCUUUUUCUUGUGCUCUGCGUGUAAUGUAGGAUUUUCUAUGCAGAUAUGGUUGAUGAGUGGUGACACUGUGCUGUGGAAGCUGCACACUCAGGCUAGUUCUCUCCAUACAGACUCUAAUGGUCAUGACAGGACACUACAGUGGCCGAGGGUCAAAUAAAUGUCCUAGUGUGGACACAGUUGUGUGGUGCAGAUGAAGCGAAGCAGAGGAGUCAAGCCGCCGGCGCAGUGAAGAAGGUGGGAGAUGUCAGUUUGAUGGGUGACUCAUUUGAAGUGCCCCUUACAACCCCGUACAUUGUCCUGUCAGCCUUAUCGCUGAGAAAACAUAUAGUCUUGGGUAAAUUGUGGUUUAGGAAGAAGCCAGAGUGCUGACUGUGGAGUUAACGGCAUGCUCACUCCUCAAGAGGAAGUUACUAGCAAGAAAUAGGGAAACAAAAGUAGCGUGCAGGGAGAUGAGUUGAGUGAGUGUGCUCAGUAUCGCUGCUGUGUGAGAAAACUACAAGGUCGAUGUCCAGUCAGAGGGAGAUGAGCCAUGGAGAUAUCCCCUAACUUACAUUAACAACAACCGCAAGGAAACAAGUGAGCAAAUCAUUGGACAGAAAAACAGCGCCGGGACAAACAGCAAUAAAAAAGGAAGACCACUGAGUUACUCGCCGACACACAGAUUGACACUUUGACCUGCCGGGGCUUCAGAUAAAUGGCUGACAAGCAGAUCAGUUUGCCUGCCAAAUUGAUCAAUGGUGGGAUCGCUGGCCUGAUUGGAGUGACCUGUGUGUUUCCCAUUGACCUGGCCAAGACUCGCUUGCAAAACCAGCAAAAUGGAUGUCGCCUCUACAGCAGCAUGUCCGAUUGCCUUAUUAAGACCAUCCGGUCCGAGGGGUAUUUUGGGAUGUAUAGAGGAGCGGCGGUUAACUUAACACUAGUCACGCCUGAGAAGGCCAUCAAAUUGGCUGCCAACGACUUCUUCAGGCAACACCUCGCUAAAGACGGAAAACUCACUCUAGUUAAAGAGAUGCUGGCUGGAUGUGGGGCAGGUACAUGCCAGGUUAUUGUCACAACUCCUAUGGAGAUGUUGAAAAUCCAGCUCCAAGAUGCUGGACGAAUUGCUGCUCAGAGGAAACUGAUGCCAGAGACGGUGGCAGCAGGUACUGUCGAGACCAAGUCCCCAACAGCCAUCCAGCUCGCAAGAGAGCUGCUGAGGGAAAAGGGCAUAGCUGGGCUCUAUAAGGGUCUUGGUGCCACAUUGCUCAGGGACGUCCCUUUCUCCAUCAUCUAUUUCCCCCUCUUCGCCAACCUGAAUAACCUGGGCAAAAGAGGUGCAGAUGGCCCCGCUCCUUUCUACGUGUCCUUUAUAUCAGGCUGCGUCGCGGGCAGCACAGCGGCUGUGGCCGUCAACCCUGUCGAUGUGAUAAAGACUCGCCUGCAGUCCCUGAACAGAGGAAGCACAGAGGACACGUACAGCGGAGUGACAGACUGCAUCAGGAAAAUCCUCCAUAAUGAGGGUCCGUCGGCCUUCCUGAAGGGAGCCUACUGUCGAGCCCUGGUCAUCGCACCUCUGUUUGGCAUUGCCCAGGUGAUCUACUUCUUGGGUGUUGGUGAAUUUCUACUCAGCUGCUUGCCUAAAAAAGACAAAUAAGAAGCACCUCCUUUCUGCCUUUCCCUCCCAUAAUGCAUCACACCAAUUGCGUGAGGAAUCAACUCGGUCUGAAAGAAGUUUUUUUUUCCGAUGGGUCAACGCAUGACCAAUCAGUUCAUUGUGUUUUGGAAUUCUUUUUGUGUUGAAUGUUGACAUAAUUUAGGAGAGAGCAUUUGUUUGCCAAGCUGCCUGUGGUGGCACACACAAUUCCAGUAGGCAGUGCUCCGCCCGCUCCCUGGAAAUGAAGCCACAAAUAUCAGUUGAAGUUUUAAUGGAACUUUGCUUUACAAUUAAGACGUUUUAUUGCUCUUUUCGAAUAUGAUUGUUGAAUUUCCAAAGGAGAUGUACUGCCCUCGGUUGCUGCAGCUGUUAAAUCCCUGCAGUGUUUUUUCCUCCAAAUCACAGAGAAGCCCAUAGUGAUCUAUUGAAAAUGUAUCAAAUGUCUCAUAUCUAGCUAAAUGAAAAUCCUUGAAACCAUUAGCUCUGUAGGAAAUAUGCUAAAAUGCUAUUUGAUAUUUCCCCCAGAUCUCAAGUCUUAAUAGAAGAUAGUAUACCUAGGGGUAGAGCAAAAAUAUAAGCCUCCAUCUCCAAAGACCCAGGGAAUGUGUUAGCAGCACCUAUGAUGUCUCCUGAGAAGCCACACCCCUUCCUGUAAAUGGCUGCAAUGAACUCAGCUAUUCAGCUCCAAGCAGACUACUCUGAUUGCCUUGGCUUUUUAAGUAGAUCAGGUUCCAUCUGAUAGUUAGUGCUACCAUAAUGGUUCCACUGUUUCUGCCUUUGUAAAAGAUAGCUCUGUGUCCUGGUCCCACACUCGACUGAAGAGACGCCGUUAUCAUGCACCAGCUGUCUGCACGUUCACAUUGUUAAACCUCGACACGGAAUCGCAAAAAAGUACCACCUAUGUUAUUUUAUUCUGAGGAAUGCAACCGACAAUGAUCUACUUGAGGCCAAACCCCAAUCAGUGAUGUCACAGCGGGGUUCUCCAUUGUGGAAUGAUGGAAAAACCCCCGCUGUGACAUCACUGAUUGGAUGUGGCCAAAAGAGUUGCCUGCUUUAAAACCUUCAGUCCUCAGUGUUGUCACAGUUUCAGAGCAGUGGCGUUUUUUCCCCCCCUCUCUGUGAUUCACUGUGAAUACAAAUGAAAGAAUUAGCAGCGAACACUAAAUGGGCCGACAGUAAUUUUAAUAGAAAAAGCCAGAUUAUUAGUAGAAGUUCAGUAAUGAUGCUGAUUAAAAGCGGGACAUCUCUUGCUGUGGCCGGAUGAGAACAGUCACCAUAUUGUGGAGCCACUAGCUACUUAGAUCCAGACGUAAUUGUUGUUUACAGAUGAGUUCAAACUCAAAUUUAAAUUCUCUUCUCCAAACUUGAAGUCAGAGGCAGGACCCCAAAGAUCAGAUGAUUCUCCAUCAGAAAGUCGGACCAAUGUUGUUUUCAUUGUUUUCACCAAACAUCUCCGCUUGUUUGCUUUAGAGGUUUUGUUUGCUUUAAGCUGCUGCCGCGUCUCGUUUAUGCACCACCACACCAAAGCCCCGCCAUUGGUUUAUCUUGUCGGAGAUCAAGGUGACUUUGAGGUGUAUUACCCAAUCACAUUCCUUCCUCGCUCCCACAGGUUCAAGCAGCUCUUCAACUCGUACUGUUGCACUGUUGAUGCGCGAUGCAACUUUUAUCAGUGUAAUAUCAUUUUGUGGGAGUGAGACCUAUUUAUCAAUAUUCCUUUAUAUAGGCGGUAUAGCCCCAUAUACAGUGUUUGUAUGUGUCGUUUUCUCUGUGUCAAAGUGUCCACCUUAACUAUAUUGUACAUAUGCAGAUGAUAUGAACUUUUAUGUUUUUAGGAUUUAUUGGUUUGUUUUGUACGUGAUGGCUUAUUUGCACACCUACCUCUCCAGCUCCCCCCUCGAUCCAUACUGUGGUGAUUUUAUGUUUUGAUGAUGUGGACAUAUCAAAUGACAGAACAGGUUAUAAUGCAACAAGCAACACAUGAACUUAAAUGCAGCAGAUUAAUGAGGGUUUUAUUAUUGUAUGCAAAGGGGAACGUUAGCGUAGACCUGGUGUUGAGGAGGUGCCCUUCACCCGAGCCUAUCGUCCUGUUUCCUGCUGUUUUAUUAACAAGGACCAAAUGAAGCAUCAUCCUAUAAUGGUGGUAGAAAUGUAAUUUGUUUUAAGUGAGUGACCUAUGGCACUGCUGCAAACAGUUCUGGAAAUAAAAUACGUUCUGAUCGAAGCCAGUAAAUCAGGCUUUAAAUCCAUCUUUCUGAAGGGUGCUUCGCUCGUGAUGUAGCUGCGACACGACGGCAGCGGCACUAACGACCGAGGCUGCGUCAACCGAAUCACAUGCUAGUAAAUCUCAGCGUUAUCAGUGUCUUAAGGGAAAGUCAUAGGUCAGGUCAUCGACUGGCCCCUCCAGCGAUGUUGACAUGUGACGAACAGAGCCACAGAAAAAGGAGAAGAGAGCUGCCCGUCCACGUGAGCUCGUCUUUUUCAAUUACUGUUGUUUUUGUUUUCUCGACAUUGCGAUUGCCAGUUCAUCUCAUAUAUGUUGUUAUUGUGAUCAUGAUGCCUAUUUAUGUGUUGUUGAGAUGAUUGUAAUGAUUUUGAACCCCCCCAGAACCCCCACCUGAAAUCCUCCCAGAUUUGUUUUGAUCUGUUUUUGGUUGAAUCUUGAAAAAUGUUGUGCAAGUCAUUUUGUUUUACUCUGGCUGUGAAUUUUUCUGACCUUGAUCAUUUGGUUUCGUACGUGCGUGCCUGUGUGUUUGUAUGUGUGUGUGUGUGUGUGUCUGGCUGUGUAGUGCUGUAGUUGAUGUGAAGUUCUUAGUGUGACACUGCGGUAUUUUUCUCUUGGAUUGUCAGACCCAUGCCUCUCCCCCUCGUUCCUUCUACCUGUCACAAGCACCUCUGCCACCUAGCGCCCACAGCCAGGGUGCAGGUUAGACGCAGAGGAGCUCUGAACACCAAAUGUAAGACCCAGAGUGUAAAUAAUCAAAGAAAGCACAAAGGAUUAUUAGGCACAAGAGACCACACGGCCAACUUUAAAUACUAAGUCCCCUGAAAACUAUGUGCUGCUUUGGCGGACGUGGAUCAGAGUCCAAUUUCUUUCAGGAGAGGUUGAAUGAGUUUCUAGUCUUUUAAGAAAGUUUCUCUAUGUCUGUAACACUUGUUCCAUAGGGCUGAGACAGCAGGUCAUGAUAAGAGACCCAUGUGAUGGUGUUCACUAUGUUAGCCAUCAGCAGUUAGGGAAAAAAAAUUAUAUUGCCUACAUAAUCUAAAUGAAUCAGAUAUAAGAAUGUAACUUAGAUAUUAUAAGAUUUAUUAUAAUUAUAGUGAAGAGUUUAUUACAUUUUAAUCUAAAGAUUUGUGCUUUACACGUUCACCGAAAUAUCUAUGAACCAGCUAACUGAUAUGCAAUAAGUAGAAGCCACACACAGAUGGACACUAGAAAAAUACAUACAAAUAAACUGAAAAAAAACAACACCUCACUGAACACAGCCUGUCAAUCACGACAUCACACAAUGUAUGAAUAAUGCAACCGGGACCUUGGAGGCGUUCUGGGGUCUGAGCCUCUGUUCUCUUCCUCCAAGAGGAACUGUGCAUUACAGCACUUUAAAAAUAACAAGGACCCCACUGUCCAUCUGCAGAGAGUCCCUCUACGACACGGAGGGUGUUUAUGAAUAUAUGUAGUGAAUGACACAGUUGACCUAGACAUUGUUUACAAUGAAAAAUGCAAUGGAAAAAAAAAAGAAAUCUGUUCCCUGUCACAAUUUGUUGUUCAAUAAACGGACUGUCCUGGAA